AUGUCUCUCGACAACAUCAAUCCCUCCGUCAAGCAGGCUAAAUAUGCAGUGCGGGGUGAAUUGGCUGUCAAGGCUGAAGAGUACCGCGCGCGCCUCGCAGACGGCGACAAGUCACUUCCCUUCGAUAGCGUGAUCUUUGCCAAUAUCGGCAACCCUCAGCAGCUGGAUCAGCAGCCUAUCACCUUCUUCCGCCAGGUCCUCAGUCUCGUUGAAAACCCAGUGUUGCUGGAGAACCCGGACGUGCUCAAGACCGCAUUCGGGUACAAGCAGGAUGUACUGGACCGAGCUAAGGCCUUGCUGGCGGCCGUCCAGAGUGUUGGUGCCUACAGUCACAGUCAGGGUGCCCCCGGAAUUCGGGAAAGUGUCGCCAAGUUCAUUGAGGAGCGCGACGGGUUCCCCGCCAAUCCCCAGGACCUGUUCCUGACCGGGGGUGCUUCGUCAGGCGUCAGCACACUCCUCAACAUCAUUUGCGACGGUCCCAAGACCGGCGUCCUCGUCCCCAUUCCUCAGUACCCUCUGUACACUGCGACUCUAGCACUGUUGAAUGCCACCUGCGUCCCAUACUACUUGGAGGAAGAUAAGGCAUGGGGGACCGACGUCAAUGCGAUCAAGCAGUCUAUCAAGGACGCCAAGGCUGCCGGCACCGAUGUGCGCUCUGUCGUUGUCAUCAACCCCGGGAACCCUACCGGUGCCUCGCUGACCGCAGACGAUAUCAAGCAAGUCAUUGAUAUCGCUGCCGAGGAGAGCUUGGUCAUCAUGGCCGACGAAGUUUACCAAACGAAUAUCUUUAUGGGAGAGUUCGUUUCCUUCAAAAAACGCCUUCGUCAGCUGCAGCAGGAGUACGAUAAUGUGGAGCUGGUGUCCAUGCACAGUACCUCCAAGGGCAUGGUUGGCGAGUGCGGCCACCGUGGCGGAUACUUUGAGUUGGUUGGCUUUGAUCCCUUGGUUCAGGAGCAGAUCUAUAAGCUUGUCAGCAUCGGUCUGUGCCCACCGGUUGUUUCGCAGUGCUUGCUUGAGACUAUGGUGAACCCACCAAAGGCUGGCGAGCCUAGCUAUGAGCUGUACGACAAGGAAUAUAGCGGCAUCCGUGAUGGUUUAGCUCAGCGUGCCCUCGCCCUGUAUGAUGCCUUCCAGCGUAUGGAGGGCGUUGAGUGCCAGAAGCCCCAAGGUGCCAUGUACCUUUUCCCCAAGAUCGAACUGCCCGCCAAGGCUGUCGAAGCUGCCAAGGCAGAGAAUCGUGCCGCUGAUGAGUUCUACUGCCUGCGCCUGCUUGAUGCCACUGGUGUCUGCGUGGUCCCUGGUUCUGGCUUUGGUCAGAAGGAAAACACCCUUCAUUUCCGUACUACCUUCUUGGCCCCUGGUACCGACUGGGUCGAGCGCAUCGUCAAGUUCCACUCCGAAUUCAUGGAACAGUACCGUUAA